AUGGCUCAAGGAAUGGUUUUUGAAGAUAUCUUCAAUGUAAAAGACAUAGAUCCAAAUGGCAAACAAUUUGAUCGAGUGAGCCGUUUGCACUGCGAGAGCGAAUCGUUCAAGAUGGAAUUGAUCUUGGAUAUCAAUUCGUGGAUUUAUCCUAUGGAUUUGGGUGAUAAAUUCCGACUGGUGUUGGCCACCACGUUACGCGAGGAUGGACAGCCUGACGCUGGCGAUUGGAACCCUAUAGAAAUGGAUCAAAACGGCUGCCGGGCCGACAGUUUCGAGUAUGUCAUGUACGGCAAGAUUUAUCGGAUCGAAGGCGACGACAAGGUGAAGGAGUCGCACAAGAACAAACUUGCCGCUUACGUAUCAUUUGGUGGAUUAUUGAUGCGACUGCUGGGUGACCCAAACAAUUUACACGGAUUCGAAGUGGACCAAUGCGUUUACCUGCUGAUGAAGAAAUUAGCUUUUUAA